GCCCCCUGGCAUGUUUUUUAUGUUUUUUUCCUGGCGACACGCUUCGGCAAGAGCCGCAGACCUGAGGCGACAUUCUACUCCUCGCGAGGGGCGCCCUCCAGGAAGGAAUGAAAAAAGUCGGUGGCAUGGCAGCGUGAAAGAAAGUAACUUAGACAAGCUUCACAAGCCUGCACCAAUAAGAACACCUCAACAAAAGGAUGACUUGCUCCAAGGAGCUCGGGUGCGCCCUCGGAGAGAGAGGCAGAGAAAGAGAGAGAGAGAGAGAGACGCGAGUGGUUGCUCGAGAUGGAGAAGCGACAGGAACUGGAAAGGCGACAGCCCACAAUGUCGAAGGCAGCAGGCGGCUGCACGAGGAGACUGCAGCGGCAGUCUGAGGGGCCCGGGGAAUGCGUAAUGAGGCGCGCCAAAGUCCUCGCUGCAGAAAGCCAGCAAAUGCUGGAGUAGGUGGAUCGCUCGCCGUACGAUUCGACCGGCGAGGUUGCAAUCCCUCCAGAAGCGCAGCACAGAAAACGUCAGAAUUACUGAGAUGAUGCUCUAAUCUGCAUCGUUCUCUGAGCCACAUGUGGACGGCUGCGAGUGCCGCACCCGCGGGCGCAGCACUCACACCAGCAAGCAGAAAACAGAGAACCAUUGGCCCCGCGACCAUGCAUCGGGUGCACGAGCCGCUGGCCGAGGAAUGGGGACCUUCUCUCGCCCUGGUCUUCACUCGUCCUGGUGGACGGAUCGACGCCUGUGCGGAGCACGGCCUCGCCCUGCGCAUCGAGGAUGGCGCGCCACGGGCACGACGGAUUCGCCGAAAGCUCCGGCAGCGGCGCCAGCGCCUGCGAGCCAACAAGGCGCAGCCCACGACGGCCAACAUUCAAGCAGGAAGAUCAUCUGCUCCAGAGGAAGAGGAGGAGGAGGAGGAGGAUGAGAAGCAGAAGGAGAAGGAGGAGGAUGAGGAGGAGGAGGAGGAGGAGGAGGAGAGGCAGGAAGAUCUGCUCCGAAACACGGCGCCCAUCACCGCUGCGUCAAGGCCUCCGCGUAGCCCUUCACGGGCGCGUAGCAGUCCCUGCUCCGUACAUGCGGCUGCGGCGCGCCCUGCGGGUGGACGUAGCUCUUGACGGGGGCGUGGCAGCUCCCUUCGCGCGGAGCCUGGGAACUCGCCUCCUGCGUCUCGUCCGAGUUGGCCGACCGGCUGCUCCUGAUGCUCCACGUCUUGAGCAUCUCCAUCUCGCAGACGGUGAGGGACGUGCGAGGGCUCUAAAAGGCGUUGCUGGACAGAAACGCUACAGGCGAAAUGGCCACGGAACGUGCCCCCUGGCACGUCGGGGCGUGCUCGAAUGCCAA